AACAAACUAAACCCAAAAGUAAUUCCCCUUCCCAUUGCAAAUCAAGAAUAUAUACGCAUAAAGAAAAGAAAAGAAAAAAAAAAAAGAAAGAGAACAUUGAUUUGGCACAACGAAAGUUUACCAAACCAAACAGAAAUACAGAAAUUUGAGUUGGUAUUGGUGAAAGCUGUUCCCCCUCCAAUUCCAAACCAAGAAUAAGAAUGAAAAAAAACCCCGCGUUUAAUGUUCAUCAUCCAUCCCUUUGCAUCUGUUUCACAAACAAACUACAAACCUCUCUCUCUUUCUCACUCACUCACUCUCUCACCUUCUCAUGAUUUCCCAAUGAAUCAUUCGUUGUGAAACAACUCCCACAGCUAGAUUCUCAAAUCACAUUCCCAACUAUUUACCUUUUUAACUCACACCAAAUGGGAAAAACUUUUCCCAAGCCUCAGUUAAUUUAAGAAAACACAUUCUUUUGAAAAAGUGAAACCAAAUCAAAGUAUAAUACAUCUAUUUUCAUCGUCGGAUAGACCCAAAGGCUGUGAUGGGGAGGAGAGAGUCCUCGUCCUCCCCAACGACGGACCAGAUCGAGAUUAAGGUCCAUUCAUCACGCCGUGGCGACAACUCGGUCCACCCAGAUAGCGUGGGUCCCACUCCUUCUACUACGGCGUCGUCUCAGCCUCAGCCUCAGCCGCAUCGGCAUCGGCAUGGGCACAGGCAUGGGCACGGGCACAGGCAUGGGCAUGGGCAGAGGCAGAGACAGAAUCGGGGGACGGCGGCGGCGGCGGCGGCGGAGGCGAGUAGGGAGGAGUUCAGGCCGUUCAGGCGGUGGGUGCCGUGGCUGGUGCCGACAUUUGUGGGGAUAAACUUUGUGGUGUUCGUGAUCACAAUGUAUUUGAACAAUUGCCCGGAGAAUUCACCUCCUUGCAUUGCUACCUUCUUCGGCAGAUUCGCUUUCCAGACCUUAAAAGACAAUCCUCUUCUUGGUCCCUCUUCUAACACGUUAAUGAAGAUGGGUGCUCUUGAGGUGGAUAAAGUGGUCCAUGAGCACCAGGCAUGGCGCUUGUUCACUUGUAUAUGGCUACAUGCUGGAGUUUUCCAUAUACUUGCCAAUAUGUUGAGUCUUAUAUUCAUUGGAAUUCGACUUGAGCAAGAAUUUGGGUUUGUUAGAAUUGGGUUACUUUAUGUCAUAUCUGGUUUCGGAGGGAGUUUGAUGUCGGCUCUUUUUAUUCAAUCGCGGAUCUCUGUUGGUGCCUCUGGUGCACUUUUUGGCUUACUAGGAGGCAUGCUUUCGGAGCUAAUUACAAAUUGGACAAUAUAUGCAAAUAAGUUAGCUGCCUUGUUGACUCUUAUUGUCAUCAUCAUAAUAAAUUUAGCAGUUGGAAUCCUACCACAUGUUGAUAAUUUUGCUCAUAUUGGAGGAUUUCUUUCUGGCUUUCUUCUUGGAUUUGUGUUCUUGAUUCGCCCUCAGUUUGGAUGGGUUAGCCAAAAGAAUUCUCCUCCUGGAUCUAUUUCAACAACUGUUAAAUCUAAACACAAGACAUAUCAGUAUAUACUGUGGGUUCUCUCUCUGAUAAUAUUGGUUGUUGGGUAUACUGCUGGUCUAAUUACACUCCUACGAGGGACUAAUCUGAAUGAUUACUGCUCCUGGUGCCAAUAUAUGAGCUGUCUCCCUACCUCAAGGUGGAAAUGCAAAGCAGAUAAAAUGUACUGUGAGUCAACCCAAAUUGGAAACCAACUGAACUUGACAUGCAUAGGCAACGGAAGAAGUGGCGUUUAUUUGUUGUCAGAUAAUAAUGCUUCCCAGGUUGAGCGGCUAUGUACUCGGCUCUGUAAUUGAUGUACAAGGUGAUUGAAGGUUGCUUGAGUCCAUUCUUUUAACAGCUCGGCGUAUAUGAUGCCUUGAAUAUGCAGAUAACAAAAUAUUAAUCAGAAAUUGUUUACUAUUAUCAUUUAUUCGUUAUUUUACUGCUCCUUAGUUUGUGAAAUAUCAGCAGUUCAUCAAAAAAAAGAAAAAAAAAGAAAA